AUGUCCACAUCAUCCUCUGCUGAUGGCAGCUUGACCAUUUCCUCUUCUGUUAAAAAUGUGGCAAUAGCUUUUACUGCCAACGAACUUGCGGGGAUUCUUCAAAUCCCAACAAGUGACGUUGAACUUAGGUCUAUUGAGCUUAGUGAUCCUUCAGUCAAUCAUCAAAUGUUUUCACCUGGAUGCUCAUAUCCUAUGAACAAUAAUUCCCUUAAUCCCAUUGCCAAACUAAUUGCUAGAAUUAUUGCUCAUAAUUUGAUUCCCAAGACUGGGAGUUUUGAUCACUUCGCCUCUGACAAGAUUAAUGCUGUUUAUGCCAUCUUUGCUAAAAUCAAAGUUGAUUGGGCUACUAUCUUUAUCAAUAACAUGGCAUCUAAACAUACCAAGUUUCUACCGUUUGGUUCCUUCUUCACUCUCAUCUUUCAACAUUUCAAUGUUGACCUCACUAAUGAACCUAAGGUUGAAUCCACAAGAGAUUUCUUUGAUAAAGUUUCCCUUUCCAGAAUGCAAAUAUCUCUUGACUCCACACCAUCUUCUCACUCCCGUUCUAGAGCCUCGACCUCUUCCACUUCUUCCACUUCUGAGAUUUGUGACCGUCUUGAUCGCCUUGAGACUCGUGUCACAUCUAUUCAGAAGGAUCUAGCAAACUUGCUCUUCACAGUAAAUGAACACGAUGCCAUCGCUCUCGUUCGUCAUCCUAUCCUUCUUCUUCUUCCACUCUGCCACAACGACCGAGUCGUGAUCUUCGACCGAACCGAUUUCGGCCGAUCAAACCUCUCUCUCCCUAAAGGCAACUGCCGCCACGACCCAAACGAUCAAGCCCUAAAGGUCGACUGCACGGCUCACUCAAUCGAAUACAAUGUUGGUACGAACACCUACCGACCUCUAACGAUCCUCACCGACACUUGGUGCUCGUCAGGCACCGUCAACACAGACGGGUUCCUAAUCCAAACCGGCGGAUACAAUGACGGUGACCGUGCCGUGCGUGUGCUCAGACCAUGCGAUGAGGAAGACGGAAAAUGUGAUUGGGACGAGAUCAACCCCAGCCUCGCCGUCCGUCGGUGGUAUGCUACGAACCAAAUACUUCCCGAUGGCCGAGCCAUCAUCAUAGGUGGGCGAAGGCAGUUCAACUACGAGUUCUAUCCAAAGUCGGACGGGUUGAGCUCCGGUCCGUUUGACCUUCCCCUUCUCCGACAAACACUGGAUCGGGAGGAGAACAAUAUCUACCCGUUCGUUCAUCUCAAUGUCGACGGAAAUCUCUUCAUUUUUGCCAACAACCGUGCAAUUCUCUUCGACUACACUAGGAAUCUCGUGCUGAGGAACUAUCCGGUGAUGCCUGAUGGUGAUCCUCGGAACUAUCCAAGCUCCGGAUCGUCGGUCCUUCUUCCAUUAGACCCUUCAGGGUUGGAAGCAGAAGUCAUGAUCUGCGGUGGAGCACCGAAAGGAUCGUACCACAGCGCGCAAGUAAAUAAAACCUACCUCGAAGCGUUAAAAACAUGUGGUCGUAUAAAAAUCACCGACGAAUCACCAUCGUGGUCGAUGGAGACGAUGCCGAUGGCUAGAGUAAUGGGCGACAUGGUUCUUCUCCCAACAGGGCAGGUUCUCAUCAUCAACGGUGCUGGUGCGGGGACCGCUGGUUGGGAAAACGGGCAGAAUCCAGUCCUUAGUCCUGUAAUAUACACACCAAAAGCCAACGUCGGCCCCCGAUUUCAAAUCUUGCAGCCAUCGAAAACCCCAAGGCUCUACCAUUCAUCUGCUGUUUUGCUUCGUGACGGUAGAAUCCUUGUCGGUGGCAGCAAUCCUCACGUUGGCUACGAAUUCUCGGGGGUCGAGUACCCGACGGAGCUCAGCUUGGAAGCGUUCUUGCCGGACUACAUGAAUUCAGAGUAUUCGAAAUUUCGACCUAAAAUUUUGUCAUCGCCAUCGGAAUUGAGUCACGGGACCAAGUUUACGUUGCAGUUUGCCCUGGAGAUUAUGAGUCGAAGAGGAGUUUGGGUGACGAUGAUAGCGCCGGCGUUUUCGACACACUCGUUCUCUAUGAAUCAGAGAUUGCUGCUUCUGGAGAUAUCGAAGGUCUCGACGACUGAGGGAACUGUUGAGUAUGAAAUUGAAGUGACUGCACCAGCCAAUGGGUUCGUGGCGCCGUCGGGGUACUACAUGGUUUUCGUCGUGAAUGCUGGGAUUCCAAGUGAAGGGAUUUGGGUUCAUAUAUAGUUCUACAGUGAUUCCCAAGUGAAGGGAUCUGAGUUCAUAUAUAGUUUAAAAUUGUAAUUAUAUUCGUUGUUAAUGUUGUAAAGAUAUCGACUGAUAAUAUUAGAUUACUCUGUAAUAUGCAAUGAAUGAAU